UGUACAAUCUUUUGGAUUUGGAUUGGAAAAAGCCACGUUAGAAACCUGACUCUAUCCCUUUCAACUUCUCUUUCGUGACUUUUACUAUAAGAACAUGAAUUGAAGCAGAAUGUUCCAAUUCAACUAUCGAGUCGCCAUUAAAGAGAAAGCUCACACAAGCCAUAUGCUUCACCCUUUUUCCCUUUCUUGAUUCGUUACUCCUCAAAAUCCAGGUAAAGAAUAAAAAACUGUGUAAUUUGAUUUGUAUCCAUGAAGCUUUUCUUCUCCGAUCGCGUUUUUUGUUUCGGUUGUUCUGUCAACACAACGAAGCCGGAGAUAAUUUCCGCCGAUGAUUGUAUAUCUCGCCGGCGCACAAAUCAACGAAAAUCGACAAAGCACUGGAGGCCGGUGCUGAAGGCAAUUGAGGAGGACGGCGUGCUCAGACGAAGCCCUGAAUCAACGGCCGUCGCUAGAUCUGAGAAGAACCUAUUGAAUAAACCUAAAUCGGCGAGAAGAACUCGAUCUGAGCCCUUUCACGACAAUUAUUGGAAAUCGAGUCAUGAGAUGAUAGCAGUUCCAGUUUUUUCUCCAACGCCGUUUAUGUUUUGAUUUUAAAUUUUUAAUCUUUUCUUCUCCUUGACAGUUCGUCCCUAGGUUCUGUACAUUCAGAUUGUUAACAAAUUUUCUUGUGUUUUUUUAUUUUUUUUUAUUUAUGUAACAUUGUAAAUUUCUAAUUAAACAGUAAUGUUUGAUAUUAUUUUUAUCAA